AUGUGCCGCAACGUCCCCGGUAGUACGAAAACGGUUGAUAUCACGAGUAAAAAAUUUGACAAUAGUGUACAAGAAGUCAAUGUGUCUGCGAGUUUGACAAAUCCACAAGUGUUCUUGCAAACUUUGCGCAUAAGAUUGCGCAAUGGUGAGAAAGAAGCUAUAGUGAGAGCAGUGUUCGAUUCGUGUUCCCACAGGUCAUACAUGCGGGAGACGACUGCAAAGAUGAUGGGUUAUAGAUCGAUUGAACAACAAAAACUAGUGCAUCAACUUUUUGGUGGAGUACGGACCAAACCUGUCAUUCAUCAAGGAUACAGGAUUUUCGUUGGUGAUCUAAAUAAUAAAUUUGAGUUUAAUUUUGUUGUUUUGUCGAAAGACAAUAUCGUCGAAAAUAUUCCCAGUGUCAACGAGGGGCCAUGGAUCCAAGAAUUAAAAGAAAAGAACAUUGUAUUGUCUGAUGUUGGACCAACGAGUGAGCCUAUUUCUGUUCUCAUUGGAGCUGACGUUUUGGGAAAAUUGCAGACUGAAGGGGUACUCAACCUUCGAAGCGGAACAACGGCGAUAGUGACGAAACUAGGAUGGACGAUGAUUGGGAAGCAGUUAUCGGACGAGGAAGACAGAGUCGAUGCAGCAUUGCUCGUAACUACGUUGUUUAUUCAAUCAGCUGAUGUGACCGAUCUAUGGAGUCUGGACGUGUUGGGAAUUGCGGAUCCAGUCGAAACCAUUUCAAAAGAGGAACAAGAUGCCAAGGUCAAAGAAGAAUUUCGGCGUUCAGUCAAUAUAAACGACGAAAAAAGAUAUCAAGUGAAUUUACCUUGGAAAGAAAAUCAUCCCUCUUUACCGUGUAAUCGAAUGCUUGCUGAAAAAAGACUAGAGAUUACUAUUCAAAAGUUAAUUCAAAAAAAUAUUCUGGUGGAAUAUGGUCAAAUAUUUCAAGAAUGGAUGCAAGAAGGUAUUAUAGAAAAGGUUCCUGACAAUGAAAUUAAUAAUUUUGGACAUUACUUACCGCACAGACCUAUAGUUAAAGAAAGAAGCACGACAAAAAUAAGACCCGUGUUUGACGCGUCUGCUAGAGCAAGGGAUAAACCAUCAUUAAAUCAGUGCUUAGAAACGGGAUCGAAUCUUAUCGAACUGAUACCGAAAUUGUUGAUGAGGUUCAGGAAAAAAGAGAUUGGAAUAAUCGCAGAUGUGAAGAAAGCUUUCCUACAAAUAAGUGUUCGUCCGGAAGAUCGGGAUUUUCUUCGUUUUUUGUGGUGUGAUCCAAGUGAUACGACGAAAUUACAAGUUUAUAGACAUUCAAGAGUUGUUUUCGGAGUGUCAAGGAGUCCUUUUUUGCUGGGUGCCGUGAUAGAAAUCCACCUAGAAGAAUCUUCAAAAAGGGAACACGACAAGGAAAAAAAGCAGAUUAUCGAGGAAUUAGCAUGUUCACUUUAUGUGGAUAAUUGUGUCGCUAGUGUACAUACCUUGAGAGACAAGUGUUUAUUCCAGGAAGUGGCCACCGAAGUGAUGGCAGAAGCUAAGUUUGAGUUGAAAGGGUGGGAGUACAGUGGGGGAAUCCGAGAAAAGUAG